AUGCAAAUUGCAGAUAUUGGUAACAAAGAUAAAGUAUUAGAAGAAUUGGUGGAGUAUGUUGGAAAAUCAGAAGGUUUUGCAAAAAACCAAGUUGCAUAUAAGGUCUUGUUGAUUCCUGCAACUUCAGCUGCAAGUGAGCAUAAUUGGUCUGUUUAUGGAUUUAUCCAUUCUAAGUUGCAUAAUCGAAUGCUAACCCAGAAGGCAGAAAAACUUGUUUAUAUAUAUUGGAAUACUAGAAUUCUUUGUAAAUUAGGAAAACCUAUAUCAGUUAAAAAUCUUCAAGAAACAUGCUUAAAUAAUCAAGAAGAGAAAAGUCAAAGCAUUGUUGAUAACAAAGAGGAAAGUUGA